UUUCUAUGUCAAACGGCGCAGUUGUUCGGGGAUUUUUCUAAACUCGAUGCAAACUAUCGAAUAAGUAACUCGUGUUUUUAAGUGUGCGGUACCGUUACUUUGUUAGUGCAUUUGUGAAUUUGACGUUCUUCUUGCAUUCAUCACAUAAUAAUUCAUUCAAUUUGCAUUUUAUGUUGAUAAAAAUAAAUAAAUAAUUCUUUGAAAUAUAAUUCCUUACAGUUUGUGUGUGCGUCAAAUAAACAUCAAAACAAAGAAAAAAAACAUACGCAAAGGGUUGCAAAGUUCCACCUAGGGAUAUGGAAAGAUCAGCCCUUAGAGUUACCUAUGAUAACGAGGGCGAGACUCCUUCAGUGCGUAUACGUCGUUCUGGCGAUGAAAACUAUCGACGAAAUAGACUAUUGGAGCUACUUACACCGAAAGCAAAAUAUGCGGCUGUAAGCAUUCUAUGCUUAUUACUUGGUGCUGGAUUCAGUACUUUGAUUAUCAAUUAUGCUGCUAGCCACUGUUAUAAUACAGAAAUUUGCCUCAAGGAUGAAUGUGUGCGAACAGCAUCUUAUUUGUUAGAAGCAAUGGACGCAACCAUUGAUCCUUGUGACGAUUUUUAUCGAUAUGCAUGCGGCGGCUGGCAAAAGAAAUUCCUUAUACCUAAAGAUAAAGGUUCAAUUAGUACUUUUAGGAUUUUGGAGGAUAAAGUGACUUUGAUACUUAAGGGGCUACUCGAGGAACCAAUAAAGGAUGAAGAUAAUCAAGCGACCAUUAAAGCAAAAACAAUGUAUAGUAGUUGCAUGGAUACAGCACAAAUACGGAAGAUCGGGGAAGAUCAAUUAAGGCAAGUUAUAAAAUCAUUAGGAGGUUGGCCAGUUAUAGAAACCAAUUGGAAACCGCCAAGUCUAAAAAUUGAAGAAUUGUUGGGUAAAGUGCACAGAAGCUAUGGUUUACCGAUAUUAUCAAAAGUAUUUGUCGGACUUGACAAUAUGAACACAUCGGUCUACAUUUUAAAAAUGGAUCAACCACCAUUCCCUUUACUUUCUCGUGAUAAUUACAUUAAGGCGAAUAAGGAAACAUUACGGAAAGCCUAUCACAGAUACAUGAUUAAAACGGCUACUCUACUAGGAGCCAAACGUGACACAGUUGCGGAGGAGCUUCAUCACGUAUUGCAAUUUGAAAUUCAGUUAGCAAAUGCGACAAUUCCGGAAGAAGAGCGAUUUGAUGUGGAGAAAAAAUACAAUAAAAUAAUUCUACCUGAACUCCAAGUUCAGAUUCCCGAAGUUAAUUGGACGCUAUACUUGCAAGAAUGUUUAGGUCCUAACAUAACUCUGCGACCAAACGAGGAGCUUAUUGUGAGUGCAGUGCCAUAUUUAACUGAAGUAAGCAAGAUAAUAAAUAGAACUGAUAGCACAAUUUUAUACAAUUCCCUUGUCUGGCGUGUGGUGCGCUUCAUCGCCGUACUCUUAGUCGAUGAAUAUGAGCGAGAUUUAUUUGAGUUUAAUAGAUUAUUGUUGGGCGUCCGAAGUCAAGAAGAUCAUUGGAACGGAUGCGUAGAAUCAGUUAAUACAAAUUUCGGCAUGGCGACUGGGGCACUGUUCAUAAAAGAUCAUUUCGAUCCGAGUAGCAAAAGGAUCGCUCUUGACAUGAUUCUUACAAUUCGCGAAGCUUUCAACGAACUGCUAAAUGAGAAUCCAUGGAUGGAUAGUGGGACGCGAAAUAUAGCCAGAGAGAAAGCCGAUGCUAUGGGCGAACUCAUAGGCUAUACCGAUAGCUUGACUAAUGUCAGCCGUUUGGAGGAGGAAUAUCUCAAUCUCACUAUUGUUCCCGACAAUUAUAUCAAGAACGAUUUGAGUAUCCUUCAUUGGGCAUUCACAAAGAACAUGCAACUGCUCAGGAAGAGUGCAGAAAAGGAAAUAUUUACCUUUAAUCCAACUAUGAUUAAUGCGUUUUAUGAUUCCAGGCGAAAUAAUAUCGUGUUUCCUGCGGGCAUAUUGCAACCAACAUUUUACAAUCAACAUUACCCUAAAUCCCUGAAUUAUGGCGGCAUUGGCACUAUUAUCGGACAUGAAAUAACCCAUGGAUUCGAUGAUACAGGCCGACAUUUUGAUAAAAACGGCGAUGUAAUGCAAUGGUGGAGUAACGAAACAAUGAACACAUUCGACGAGCAUACCCAAUGCAUGGUAGAUCAAUAUUCUGAAUACAAAUUUGAGGAAAUUGAUCAAUAUGUAAACGGGCGCUUCACUUUGGAGGAAAAUAUGGCCGACGAUGGUGGUGUAAAGCAAGCAUUCAAAGCUUAUAAAAAAUGGGCCGAGCAACAUGGACCUGAGCCGCUAUUGCCGGGCUUAAAUCUUACACAUGAACAAUUAUUUUUUUUAAAUUACGCUCAAGGAUGGUGUGUUUCAGUUCGUCCAGAAAAUGCUAUUCUCAAAUUAAUUAACUCGGACCAUUCGCCAGGUCAAAUACGCGUUCGUGGUACCUUAGCGAAUUCAAAACACUUUGCAGAAGCCUAUCAAUGCAAACCGGGCUCGCGAAUGAAUCCAGUCAAGAAAUGCAAUGUAUGGUAAACUAACGAUAACUUUACAAGUAAAAGCAAGCUCGUCGGGUUUCAGCUCUUUAGAGCAUCUUAAGCAAUCGCCCAGAUAUGCAGCCUUGAAAUAGUUAUGAUUUAUUUAAACAUUUUCUACGUAGAAGAAAAAUUCCAUUAUUAAUGUAAACUUUAUCAUAUUACAUGCAGCUCAUAUUACAUCGAUCAUAUAUUACAUCAACACACAUGUUUUUACCUGAUGGCUUCCAUAUGAAUUUAAAGAAGACUGUUUUCGUUAUAAAGCGUAACACAAAAAAACAAAAAUUUAUGAAUAUUGUCUUUAAACUAAAAAAGAAGAAGAAGAAAUAUUUGCCAAAUACAUAAACUACAUGCAUAUAUUUUACUAUAUAAAAUAUAAAAACAAAUUAAUGUAAACGCCUUGGUAAACGACAAAUGUAAACCGUGAAGUUUAUAACUUAUUUCACUCAGGUAUCGUCAAAACGCUUAUGAAUAGUUUAGAAUUAUUA